UUGGACAGUUGGACACUGAUUUUCUACAGAAACUAUAGAACUUUACCAGGCUGUAAAAUCUGCGUCUGCUUUCUUUUCUUCUUUCUACGUAAAUUACAGCAAGGCAGUAAAUAAAGUUCCUGUUGUUUGUUUACUUAUAAAUGUGAUCGCAAAAAGAAAAAGACUUGUCGCUUUCGUGUAACGAACGACAUGGAUAUGUCAGAUGGUAUAGACAAAUCAUGGGAUCAUUCCUGGACUACGGAAGAGAUGAGGAAGAAAAGAAGAGAGUGGAGUCUUGCUGGUGAUAUUGGACUUCUCAAGCAUCUUCAACAAUUUUCUGAGAAUCUGGUAUCUAAAGCUAAUAAAACUCAAGCUACUUUAGAUACAUUAUCAACACAGUUAAAAGAAACAGGAAUAUUAGUGGACAAUGUUACUAACACGUCUUUGGCUUUGGCUAAUACUCAAUUUAUUGAAAGUCGUGUACAGGAAGAUGACAUAGAAACUAAGGAAAACUUUGAAGAAAAGCACGAAGAUACGAAGACUCGGGAUUCGGCAGAAACUCUUCUAGCUAGUAUAAGCGAAAGUGUAAAGCAAGGUAUAAACAUCAUGGAUGAAAAGUACAAAGUGAUGGAUGUAGCUUGUAGCGAUAGUGAGGAAGAAGAAGAAGGAGGUGAAGUAGUAGUUAGCGUCAUCGUGGGACCUAAUGAUCCAUAUCAAGAUCGACCAUUACCUUAUAUUAUCGGUUCCGAAAAAUGGAUGGAGUCAAAUAAGAUUGGUUUAGAGAGCAGUAGCAGCGAAUCGGAGCAAGUCGAUGAGGAAAGGGAAGAAUCAGAAAGUGAGAAGGAGGACGCAAAUGCGCAGGUGUUCAAUACUCGUCAUAUUCCUCAAGUAAAUAUAGCGAGGCUGUCAUCAUCCUCAAGCGAUUCGGAUAACUAUCCGAAUAAUAAUAACACACCGUAUAUGAAUAGCAAGGCAGAUAUUGCGUCUCGAAAUAACAUAAAUUCUGCUUCCGAAUCUGUAACGCCUAAUACCGUGUCAAAGACGUCGAACGAAACAGCGCCCAAUUUUGCGGAAGAGUUGGCUAAACGAUUAGGCACCGUUCGUCAAGCGCAGAAACCAGUCGUGGAUGAAGCUAGUGAAUCGUCAAUCAAUCGAUAUAAAGACGAUCUGUUCACGGAGAAGGAUGACGAUGUGUUCAACAACGGUUCUGAUAAUCUCUUCAGUGAUAAGAAGAAUCUCUUCGAUGAUCAGGUGUCGGUUAAUCUGUGGAAAGAAAAACCAAUCAAAUCUUACAAAAGUAACAUCAUACCAGCCAGUAUCGAUGUACCACCACCGAUUAGCAUAAUUGCAACGAAGCCAAAGUCAGCGAUCGACGAUCUGUUCGCCGAUGCCGACUCGGAAGAAGAUUCGGACGACAUUUUCUCGUCGAAGAAUACUGUCAAGAAACGCUCCAAGGAAACUAUCGGCAAUGAUAAUGCCAAUCCUACGAAUCCUACGGGAAACGCGUCGAAGAAAUUCUUAGAUACUGUAACACUCGGAGCUGCCGGUAAUGUUGCCACAAGCACACCGGACUCCAACGUCAAAGCUGAUUUUUCGAACUUGUUCAGUGGCGAUGAGAACGACGACGCGGAUCUGUUUGGCAAUCUUAAAAAACAAUCUCCUGAACCCGCGCUGUCGUCUACAAAUACGGAGACGAGUAGAAAGAAACUAGUCGGGGGAGUAUCGGUACUCGGCAACGUUCCCGCAUCGGAUAUUGAGAGCAAGCUGUCAAAUCGAAUAUUACAACGACGACAAGAAACGUCCGAUUCUUCUGAUAGCGACUUGCCAGGAAAUUCUGAUAAGACGGAAAGAAGCAACACCGAGUCGGCAGAGAGAAACGUUUUGAAUAUCGCGGCCAUAAAUCGCAGUUCGCAAAUCGCAUUGAGCGAGAAUUCCGCGGUGAACGAAAAUGCCAACAGCAGCAGCGGAAUAUCGGUAUAUCCACCCAGCAACGAUAACACGGCCGGUUCUGGUUUGUGGAACUUUCAGCCAGAGAUGACUUCGACGAGACUUAAUUCCGAGGAGAUCUAUCGCGAGCACGUUAACAGUGACAGCCUCUUCUCGGUGCGCACACGCCAUACUCCUAACAUCAACUCAGCGAAUGCCAACACUAACGAUCAACAGCAGCAACAACAACAACAGCAGCAGCAGCAGCAGCAGCAGCAAAAUAUUUCUUCGGCGCUGCAGGACGACGUGUUUGAGAACGACGAUCUGUUCGGACCACCGCCGUUACCUUCCAAGUCGGACUCGAAGCGAGCAGCCAAGUCCAAGAUCUCGUCGCUCUUCGACGACUCCGAUUCCGGCGACGAGCUCUUCUCCACCGCGAGUUCCGGCUCCAGAUCGCAGAAGAGCACGGAUUUCUUUUCUUCCGCACUGUUGUCGAAUGACAAAACGAAGUCGGUUUCAAAAACCGGUGGCGGCCUGUUCGACGACAAUGUGAACAUAUUCGACAGCAAGGACGCUCCGGACAUUGAUAUAUUCGGCGUAACAACGAAACCGAAGUCGACAAACGCCGUGGCCUCGGAUAAUCUGUUUGAUAAUCGUGGUCGGGAUUCGAAGAGCAGUAAAACCGACACGAGAAUAGAGUCCAAGAAGAUCAAUCUGUUCGACGAUGACGAUGGCGACGACGGCGAUUUAUUCAGCGCGAAACCAACAAAAUCGAAAAACGAUCGAAACAUAAGUAAUUUUUUUGAGGACAAAGACGACUUGUUUUUAUCAUCCAAAGCGAGCAAGAAGGAACUUCCGUCGGUAGACAAAGACGUAUUGGAUGAACCGAAGACCGACGUUUUGAAAAACGUUUCCAAUCUUCAAGUUGGGAAUGAAGAUGAUUCUCCGGACGGCGGAUUGUUCUCGAAGACUCCAAGGAAUCACGGUCUUUUAUUCGAGGAUGACGAUUAUGAUGAUUUAUUCGGUAAAAAAGAUACAACUCCACGCGGAAACGAUCGCUCGACGUCCAAACCCAAAGAAUCUCAGAAGAACAUUGUCGAACAGGCGCAAGAACUUCCUGAAGAAAAUAAGAAGAACUCGACGGAGUCUUCGAGCUUGAGUCGCGACAUGAAGCCGACUGCAGAGUCGACAGAGAUGGCCAUUGAGAGUAACGUAAACAAAGAUAACAGCAAAGCUGAACCUGAAAAAACAGUCUCCAACAAAGCAGUCCAAGAAGCGGACGAUGUAAUGAAGAAGAGUUCGCCACCAAAAACGCUGAGCCUUCGAACGAGUUCUUCGCCGUCUUUUGAAGAACAGAGUCAACAAGCGCCGCGAAGAACGGUAUCCGGUAAGAUAAAGAAUUUGAUGGGAAAGAUGGGCGAUCUGAAGAUACUCUCGCCGUUGGAUGCGCCGCCAUCUUGGAGGAAGAGUGAAGAGAAAACGGACGAAGAUGAGGAUAGAGCUUCGCCUCUUAGUGUGUCAGAAGACAGCACGCGCAAAGACUCUUCAAAUUCGACGGUCUCUGCUGCUAACAAUGCGGAAGUAACCAUAAACUUUGACGAUCUGGCUCAAGUGGAAACGUUAUCCACCACUGCGUCCAAGAGUCGUGUAAGGAUCCAGGCAAAACGCCGUCCUCAGAGCCGGCACGCUCGGAAGUCGGCGUUGCGACAGAGCGGCAUUGAUUUCGACACGGUCGAUAACGCGGACAACGACAACUCCCAGGAGGAAAGUCACACCAGCACUUUUUCGUCCAGCAAGGACUCCGCCGCUCCGGCAAUCAACGUUGCGGAUCGUUUGACGGCAAACGACAAAACUCAGCGCUCGAUCAUCGAUCCUUCAUCCACAGAAGACAAAUCCGAGUUGGGUAGCAUCAGCAAGGAGAGUUCCAUGAGCGUGAACAAGAAUACCUUGUUGUCGCCGUCCACUGACGAGGAAGACUUGUUUGACGUGCCGCCAGACUUGCCGGAGGAUCCACAGAAGGAGGACGCGUUGUUUGGCAGAGCACCGAUACUUUCACCAAUCGAUGGCGAACAGUCUGAUCGAACGUCUGUCGCUGCCGAGUCUCUCGUCGUGGAUAAUGCGAUCAUCGGUAAGACCGAUGAUGUAAACGCGUCGAGCAACAAAACUGAUGAAGAGUCGAGCGAUAUGACGCGAUUAGACGUCAGUACCAAGUCGGAUACAGCAAAUAAUACUAAAAAGAAUGAUGAACAUGUGGAGGACGAUGAACAGGAUGAAGCAAAAGGAGAGGCUAAUGAAGAACCGACUGAUCCUCUUCGCGACAGCAAACACGAUCCGUUAAAAGAUCCUAGUCAGCUGUUCGCGUUCGUCACAAAAACGCCAUCACCGGAAAAGAGCAAGGGAUUGUUAUUCGCCGAUCCUGACGACAGUCUAUUCUCCAGUGGCUCGGCGAAAAGGUUCGCAAUGAGCGAACCGAAAAAGAAGGAGAUUCUCGACCUGUUCGCGGACGAUGAAGACGCGGGCGGCGAUCUAUUCUCCGCGCCAUUGAAGAAAACGGUAAAGAAGCCGCUGCGAGACACAAAGAUCGGUUUGUUCGGCGACAACAACGGCGCGCAGAAUGACGAAGAUGACAGUUUGUUUGGCAGCAGCGUGUUCGGCAGAGCAAAAACGGAUGGUCAAAAAUCAAAUUCCGCUCAAUCUAAUCGAAGAAAAAACAUCUUCGACGACGACGACGACGACGACGAUUCCAGUCUGUUCGUCGAGUCGUCCGGUCAGUCGCAGAAAUCGGACAGCGCGUCGUUCUCGGAACCGAAGCAAGAGCAUCUCGCCGAUUCUCGUACCAAGGGCUCAAAUCUGAAGGAUAUCUUCGGUGAUGCGCCUUGCGACGACGACGAUAUCGAUCUUUUCGCUACGAAAAAAAUUGUUCCUAAGAAAGUCGCUACGUCGUCCAAGUCCCUGUUUAUGUCGGAUGACGAUGACGACGAUGGCCAUAUUUUCGGCAAGCAGUCUUCUACAGACAAUUCGAAAGUGAAGACAACGACAGUCUCAAAUUCAAGACCGACCGUGAAGAAAGCUGUUACUAGAGAUCUGAAAAAGACAGCAGAAAAAAUCGUCGAGGAUCCGUUGAGUCUUCUUCGGGACGACUAACUUCAUUUUCUACUCGUGUGAGAUUUUCUGCACGUUCAAUCCGCAAAAGUUCAUUUAUAAUUCUGUUGUACUUUACUUUUUGUGCAACAAUAUAUACGUAAUUUUAAAUUUCAAUGUAUUUCGAGUAGACUUUUGUGGUUUAGACGUGUGUACAAUUAUUUAUAUUUUCUUUAAGUCACAAAGUUUCCCGUGUACAAACAACGCUUCACGUUGAUACGGGCAGCGUGCAAUUAGCGAGCAAACAGAAAAUGUUAGUUCCUCGCUUUUGUUUACUACUGUUAUUAUUAUUUUUAUUUCUCUUUAUUUUUAUUUCUACGUUUAGAAUUUUUUUCUCUUGCCUAUAUUUAUUAUUUUACGGAGUAAGAUCUGAGAGAGUUAUUUUUUUACAAAUGUGCCACAUAUCGCGCGUUAGAGAUUGUGUAUGUAUAUUCGUCAACGAAUGUUGCAAUAAUAAUAAUAACGCGCACUCUAUUCUGAGCAUUUAUUCGAAACACAACGAAUACGUAAUUGAUUUACAUUUAUAUAUUUUACAUUAAUACAAAAUACGUAAAAACCACUUUAUUUGUGCCGUAGAUAUAUAUUUGCUGUAUUAACGCCUCUUUGCUGCGUGUAAAUUCGCUAUUGUGAUUUACGUAUAUACAUAUGUAUCUGGUUGCGUUCGGGAGGAAGCGCGUUAUCUACGUUAUUGUCUCAUUUUAUCUUUAUCGGAUGUAAAACAAAGAUAGAAAUGAGACAAUAGCGCAGACAGCGAGCUCCCCGAACGCAGUCUCCAUAUUAUAUCAUACAUGUAUGUAUGUGUCUAUAUGUAUAUACAUAUGUGUGUGUGUCUAUAUGUAUAUAUAUGUAUAUGUAUGUAUAUACAUAUAUACAUAGUCUUGAUGAGAGUCACGCAUUAGUACAAUAAAAAAAUUUAUUCACUGGCCUUGGAAUUUAUUCAAUAACUUACCACAAUGUGAUAAAAUUCAUCUUUCCUUCUAAUCCCGCACAAACCUCAUCAAAAUAUCGAAUACAUAAUCUAUAUAAAUAUACAAAGAUAUACAAGUUUUAUAAUAACGCGCGAGAUACAAGUAAAAAUAAAUAUUGUAAAGAGAAUAUAUCACAAUACAGAAUAGAUGUGUAGCGGUAAGAAUAGAAUUUUAGUAAAUAAAAUAUUAAAUAAUUUUAAUUGGGAAGAAAAUUAUAAUAAUU